CUCCUUCGACGACGUUCGUCCAGUCGAAUUGGAAGUCGCGGAAGUUCGCCGUUCGUCCUGUUGGAUCAGGCGUAGCGACGGGAGCUCGCUACCUGUGAAGGUAACUGUCGUUCUCUCUUUCGCGCGCUUCUUCAACCAAAUCCCGUAAAUCCGCCGAACUCGAGGAUUUAGCAAAUCGGGGAAUCACGGAAAAAAGAGGGAAACAUAGGAUUUAUUCCGCCGUGAGAUCUACCCGCUGCUUAAAUCCUGUUGCCAAACAGCCCCUUCGUCUUCCCGGAAUCCUGACGCAACUGUCUUCCCCAGUUUCCUACUCCCAGCGAUGAAAACCAGUUGAUUUUGGCACAGAGAAACUGAAACGGCGUUUUGCUAAGCUAUUUCUCUUGUUUUCUCUCCUAUAUCUUUGAAAUGGAGUCCCUUUCUAUUGGUCAUCUUAUUCCUUCAGUUCAAGCUCAUUUUCCUACAAGAAGACGAUCUGCUGGUAUCACAUCAGAGGAUUUUACAGGAGAUACUUUGUUCGCUAGGAGGAUCAAGAAGCAGAAUGGCUGUUCUCGCCUCAUCUCUCGUUCAAGAAGAUCUCUGUAUCAAGAUUUUCAGGAAUUUGCAAAACCCUCGCAUCUUUUGCCAGCAACUGAAGUGACAACAUAUCCCUUGCAUCCAUCUGAAGAGAUUAUUUCUUCUCUGGAAUUGGAUCAGUUAAGCUCAUUCUACGUGGUAGAGCUGCGCACAAGCAGAGACUUUGGGUCUUGUUUGGGAGAUCUAAAUGCUGCAAUAUUGCUGUGUUUGAUAGAUGAGAAUGGUAAAUCAAUCCUGCAAAGGAUUUCUUCUGUUUCACUAGAACGCCCACGCCCAAGAAAAGAUAAAGACACCAUAAUCUCUGAAUACAUCCCCUUCCAGAGAGCCUCAGUUGAUUUUGUCACCUUUAAAGGGCCAAAGUUAGAAAAGAUAGCAGCACUUUGGAUUGGCCUUGAAUCUGGUUCUUGGAGAGUGGAUACUGUUGGUCUAAAAGUUAUUAGUGCGAGCCCCACAACUACAUCAUUAGCUGGAGAGAAAGAGAGCUAUUUUGCAGGUAUGCAGUAUAAAUUCGAGGGAAAUAGCUUACCACUUGGUGAUGGAGGAUUGCCAGUUGCAGAGCUGAGGCCUCUCCUUGUUACUCAAAUGGUCGAGGACGACAUUUCCGCCCUGUCGAGCAUCGAUUCCUCUGCAGCAACUCUGUAUUCUGAUGCUGAGCUUUCAAAAGAAGGAAGCAUGAGAGAGUAUGCUGAUCUGAAAUUCUCAUUGUUGCUUUAUGACAUUAUCCUCAUCAUCAUCGGCACAACGAUUUUAGCCGUCUCUUCAAUUGAGGUCAAUGCUUAUUCUUUCUUAGCUGGUGGUAUUGGUGGUUUUCUUUAUCUUUUGCUGCUUCAGAGAUCAGUUGAUGGUUUAUCAGUUCCAUUAUCAUCAGCAGAAGAUGUCAAGUUAGAAGACUCAUUGCAAAGUUAUGGAGGUCUGAAGAAACCAGCGAUGAGUCUAGCCUUUGUAAUGGCCGCCAUUGUUGUGUCAUCUAAGCAUUGGAUGGGAGCAACAAAUAUGGUGUUUUCUCCUGCAGAGCUUUUUGCUGGAGUUGCAGGAUUUCUUACAUGUAAGAUAGCUGUUGUGCUUGCUGCAUUCAAGCCAAUACAACUGACCACGAAGGAAAAGAAAAUUGAGUGAACUUUGUAUAUGUCAUAUAAUUUGAUAAUA